AUGAGAUGCCCGAGCCACGGUCUUGAAGAUUGGAACGUGAUCUCCAUUUUCUUCAACGGAAUCAGAAGACAAUAUCGAGAUGCUCUGAAUAAUGCUUCCCGGAAUGGUUUCACAAGAAUGGAAGCACCAGAAGCAUAUGAACUGGUGGAGAAGAUAUGCUCUGAAGAUACUGAAUGGGGUAGUGAGACCGGCAUUCGAAGGAGAGGAGGCUUGCAUGAGAUAGACAGAGUUGAAGUUUAG